AUGACCAGGCCCGAACCGUCCAGCCGCAGCAGCCCCACGCGCGGUGAGCGUAUAACGCGCUUCGAUAAACCACAUCACCACGUCGAACAUGCUGGCAAUCGGGGCGUGCGCAUCUUCACCGGCAGUGAGAAGCAGUCGAAAGUGUUCUGCAAUCCGGUGAUCUUCAAUCAGGAAGCAACCCGGAUCCAACCGUACCAGGAGAACGAUUGGGACAACAAUGAAACGACACCGAACUAUGUGGCGGAUCGCAUUGCAAACGGUUCGGAUCGGAAUAGGGACGCCGGUGGUUACGAUGUCAGACGAUCGGUGUUGGAAAAUGCGCUUAACAUUGCGUUUCUGGCAGCCAACUCGAAUCAGCUGCGUCUGCUCAGCACGUCCAACACGGACCGGCAGUUAACGUCCACCUAUCUGGCCAUCUUCGCCCUGCUGGUAGUGUCGCUGAUACUGCAAAUUCUCAACUGUGUCGCCAUGCUGAUGAUGUCGACGUACACCAGUCAGCGUUGGCCACUGCUGCGAACCCUGGCCUGCAUUGCUGCCACCGUAAUUGCGCUGUUGAAUCUAGCCGUCGUAACCAUGCUGAAUGUUUUGCUUGAAACGGACUAA